AUGAACACCAAUAAUAACAACAACAACAACAACAACAAUAUAAAUAAUAACAAUGGAGGUGGUAAUGGAAGAGAUGGAGGAUAUCAAUAUGGCCGAUUUCACAUGAGGGGCACAAAGAGAUAUGGUCCAAGAGGUGGAGGACAACACACUGGUGGUCAUAUAGAUCAAUCACAACAACCCCAACAACAACAACAAUCAUCUGCCCCUUUUCAACAACAACAACACCCAAUGAUGGAUGAUAUUGUCCAACAACAAUCAUAUUUUAACUCACAACCAUUGCAACAACAACAACAACUGCAACCACAACAACUACAACAACAUCAACAUCAACAACCACAACAUCAACAACAACAACAACAUCAACAACCACAACAACAACAACAACAGCCAUUACAACAACAAUCAUCAUCUGGAAAACCAUUUAGAGGUGGAUUCCAAUCAAACUACAGUCCAAGAGGAGGUCCCUCUGGAAAUCGUGGCUCAAACCGUGGAGGAAGAGGCAGUCGUGGCGGAUUCAGAGGUGGCUAUAGAGGUGGAUCCUCGUCGUCUUCUUCUUAUUUCCCACACUUUGGCGGAAAAAUGUUAAAGACCUUUGUCAACAUUCCAACAUUUAGUGGAGGUGCAAUCAUUGGAGUCAAAGGAUCAUUGUGGGGUCUUAUCAACAAGGCCACCAAUGCCAGACUCAAAAUCUUCAAAACAACUGCUGUCAUUAAAUGUCCAGACGCUCAACAAUUGGAAAGAGCCAAAGAAAUUGUUUUAAAGUUGAAAAACACUUCUGCCAAAUACUUAUCAUUGGUAGAUUACAAGGGAGAUCAAAGAUUAAAGUUUGUUCACCAACCAAACUAUGCUGUCGUCUUGUUUGAAAACAAGGCAUCCCAAGCAUCGUCGUCAUCGUCGUCAUCAUCAUCAUCAUCGACUAGUACCACCUCUACGACAGAGGACAAUAUCGAUAUCCAAGAGAUUGUGAGAACACAUGAACCACAAUUUGUUGGACGUUUCAAUGAGAUUUUUAGUACACUAUCUAUAGAAAAGACAAACAAUAUUCCAUUUGUCGAUGUCAAGGCAGGCAAGAUUUGGUUCCUCAACAGCAAUGAAAUUCCAUCACCAGCAAUGACGGCAGACAAAUACGAGCUUCUCACAGAGUCACUCGAUUCUGUCUUUCAAAACAGUACAUGCAUCUCAGAGUCAUUUGUACACACUCACAACCUUUUCAAGGAAAAGAAGCCAUACGUUCUUGUAACUCUUCUCGACACUGACACUCUUGAUAUUCUCACCAUCAAAUGUUUCGAAGAAAAGGUAGUUUCACCUUCCUCACCAUCGAAUAGUGCCAACUCUGCAACAUCAAACUCGUCUUCUUCUGCCACCUCAUCAACUAGUACCGCCGCUGCUGCAGGCAGUCCAUCUAGUUCUGUUGAAUACAGAUUUGUGAACCCAACCCUCUACAAACAAACACACCACAUCAAUGCCAAGGUACUCCUUCCACAACUCAGCAAACAAGGACACUUUGAUUUGAGAAUUUCGAUCGACACCCUUUCAAAGGCACCACUUGAAUCACACCCACACAGUGACAGAUUGAAGCAAUUCCUCUCUUCUAUUCACAUCUUUAAAAACUCCAACGGCAACAACACCUACCAAAUCCCAGACUCGAAUCUCUUUAUCGUCGAAUCACUCAUCAUCCAAAAGGUAUCAAUCUAUCGCAACAACCAAAAGACAUUGCAGUUCCACCUUCUCGAAGACAAUGUCACUCGUUUGACCACUUCUGCCCCAGAGUACAACAGACCUGCCACCUCUAUCUUGUGCACUUCACCUGCCUUGUAUGAUAUGUUCAAAUCAAAGAAUUGGAACAACGAACAAGUGUUGGAUGAAAUUAAAAAUGUCUCCAAGAAUGUAAGAAUCCUUAUUUCCCAACUCGACGUCAAACAAGCCACUCCUCCACAAACUGGCGAUACUGAAGGAAAUAUUCACCAAGAGAAUGACCAAGAUUCUGAUGAAGAAUAA